AUGUUCAUAACCAAGAGAAUAUCAAGGAGUGCACAGAGAAGCCUUCUCUGUGAGGGUUUGUUUGCUGCAGAGGCUGUCCUGGUGCUCCUACUGCCAAGCACUAGGGGCCAGAGCUCAUGGGACUUCCAAAGAGUGAAAUGUCUAGAAUCCGGUGGGCCGCUUCUGUCCCCCUUUCUUCUCACCCUGAUGUCAGGGUACCGGUCUAGUCUUGCAAUGAUUCGUGAUGAGCAUUGCUGCUGGUUGAUACGGAAGAGUUGCCUUUGGUUUAGAAGACAGAUUCUGCUUCUUCCCACCAUAGAUAUGAAAAGUACCACGCAGGGGACCACACUGAGGCAACAGGGUUUCCACGAGGUGAACAAAAGAAGGAAUUUCUUGCAGGAUAACAGCUGGAUCAAAAACCGUCCUGAAGAAGAAAAAGAUGAAAAUUAUGGUAGGGUGGUGCUCAGUCGACAUAACUCCCAUGAUGCCUUGGACAGGAAAGCAAAUGAGAGAGAUGAGCCAAAAGCUACAAUUAGUCGAUACAGAUCUGAUGACACUUUAGACAGGAUCUCAGACAGAAAUGAUGCCACUAACACAUAUAAGGCCAAUACCUUGGAUAACCGACUAACCAAUAGAAACACGUCCACGUUUCGAUCACCAGAAGCAGCAAAGACGCAAACUGGAGGUUCGUUCAGUGGAAACACCACCAACCCCCCGGCUCCUGCCUCUGCUACAACUCCUGUAAAGAAAAAGAGACAGUCCUGGUUUCCGCCACCUCCUCCUGGUUGCAGUGCCACUCCAAGCAUGGGAGCAAGCAGAAGGGAACCAACUGUUCGCCCUCCAGUACCUCCAAAGCCCAUUUCUCCUGUUUCAUCUCCUAACCAGCAGAGACGGGAGAAUAGGCAGAUAUGUCCACCUAAACCACGUGUAUAUACAGAAGCCAACAGAUCUGCUGAAAGAAAUAUAAGGAGUCAGGAUCUCGAGAACAUAGUCAAAGUGGCCACUUCACUUCAGAAAACUAACAGGGGUGAAGAAUUGGAUAAUAUCAUCAAAAUGAACAAAAGCUUGAAUAGAAAUCAAGGUCUUGACGGUCUCUUCAGAGCAAAUCCUAACGCAGAUCAAACAGAGAAAAGAGCCAAGAGCCUUGAAAAUCUCAUUUUUAUGAGUACCCGAACAGACAAAGAUGACAAAGGAAACCGAACUCUUGACAGUUUUAUUAAAGAAAAUCCCGCAAUAGUCAAGAAUGAUGAAAGAAACCAAGGCCUUGGAAGUCUUAUUAAAGUUAAUCAGAGGACUGAAAAAAAUGAGAAAGGUUAAGUAGGUAAAGACCUGGAUAAUGUUAUCAAAGUGAAUCCCAAAGGAAGGGAAAAUGCCACUGGAAAACAAGACUUCAAUGGAUUUAUUAAAGCAAAUCCUGAAACAAAUAAAAAUAUCAAGAGGGGCCAGAGCCUUGACAAUCUCAUCAACGUGACCCCUGAAGUAAACAGAAGUAAUGCAGGUUCCAAAGAUCUUGAUAACCUCAUCAAAGUGGUUCCGAGAACAGGAAAAAGUGUGCAAGGGGGCCAGAGUCUUGACAGUCUCAUCAAAGUGGCUCCUGAAACAAACAGAACUAACCAAAGUAAAGCAAGUCUUGAUGAACUUAUUAAUGUAGGCCCCAAAGCUGUCAAAAACAUGGCCGGAAAUCGAGAUCUUGAUAAACUCAUCAGAGUGAGUCCUGAAACUCUCACCAACAACCGAAGAAACCAGGAUCUGGAUAACCUCAUUAAAGUGAGUCCUGCAGUGAUCAGAAGCAGUCAGAGUGAAGGCUUGGACAGUCUCAUUAAAGUGAAAUCUUCAGGUCUCAAAAACACUGAGCGCGACCAAGAGCUGAAAAAUUUAAUUGAAGUAAAUUCUAAUGUCUCUGAAAAUAAAAAUGGAAGGCUAGACAGCCAAGUCGGUGGAUCCACUGAUGCUAUAAACAUCCAGUUUACUAGAACUCCUGCCCAUUCUUAUGAAGCCAGGAAGAAUCACAGCUCCAAUGCUGAAACCAGGCAUGCAGGACCAAAGGAUACUGUGGUAUACACAAGGACCUAUGUGGAGAACAGUAAAUUACUGAAGGAUGGAUAUCAGGAGAAUAUCUCUGGAAAAUACAUACAAACUGUUUAUUCAACUUCAGAUAGGUCUGUCAUCGAAAGAGAAAUGUGCACUUACUGCCGGCAACCACUGGGCACAGACACUAAAAUGAUUUUAGAUGAAUUACAAAUUUGCUGCCAUUCUACUUGCUUCAAGUGUGAAAUAUGCAAACGGCCUUUGGAAAACCUACAAGCAGGUGACAGUAUUUGGAUUUAUAGACAGACAAUACACUGUGAGCCUUGCUACUCUAAAGUUAUGGGCACCUGCAGCGGCUUUUUUGGAACCCCGCCCCUGGUUCAGAGAUCCGCGCAGUUCGCACUCUCCGCAGCUGCGGGAGGAAGUGCCUGUGACGGGAAAGUUCAGGCCAGGUCCAAUCAAGCACCCCCGGCGCCCUCCCUGCUCUGCAGCCUGGCGCAGCCCCCGGAGGCACCCUUCGUCUACUUCAAGCCGGCGGCGGGCUUCUUCGGCGCGGGCGGUGGCGGGCCGGAGCCGGGGGGCGCGGGGACGCCGCCGGGGGGAGCCACCGCGCCGCCCUCGCCUCCCUCGCCGCCCCCGACGCUGCUGGACGAGGUGGAGCCGCUGGACCUGGAGAGCGUGGCCGCUUGGCGGGACGAGGACGACUACACCUGGUAUUGCCGAGCUCCGCUCCCUCCCCCGGAACCCUGGCCUCCGAGGCCCCGGGACGGCGGGGAGGGCGUGGGCUGGGAGGAAGAGGGGGACCUCGCCAUUGCCCCCGGACGUGGUGGCCUGGCAGGUGCCCAACUCGGCGACGAGCUGAGGCUUUUCAUGAGGGCGGAAACCUGUUUCUCAUAG